UUGUUUUUUUCAGAUGGAGUAUCAAGCACAGGGAGACAAAGUACUUCUAAUCUGGGCAAGUGGAACUGACCCAGAGGCACUGAAAACAGUAGUACAACAGUUACAAAACUCUGUGGGUAGCCAAGGGCACGUCACUGUAGAAAAUGAUGAACGUUUGAUCUUAUCGAACCAUGCUGCCUCAGCUUUCGACGUUCUUCUUUCGGGCAUGGUGGGCUCUGUGGUUCCGGUGCACACUGACGAAACGUUGGCAGAGCUGGCACGUCUUCUCCGGCCCAGCGGCAAAAUCGUCAUGCGUCAUCCGGUGUCAGAGAUAGAGCGGGAAAGUUUGAUUACGAGGAGGAAGCUGAGUUCUAUGCUGAAGUUGGCCGGAUUUACAUCAAUCUCAGAGGUGAAACCCAUAGCACUAUCUACAGAGGACCACGCCGCACUACAGACUAGGUUGAAAACAGAUGUGUCCCUCGAGCUUGUAGAGAUUAGUGGAAAGAAGCCAAGCUAUGAACUCGGCGCUCAGACCGCACUGUCUUUUGCUCUCACGAGAUACUUCGCCUGUGCUGACAAACGACACAAUAGCUCACUACUUAUCCUCCGCUAUGUGUGGUCGCUCUCAGCCUCUGACGUCGUCGACGACGACCUCAUCGAUGAGGGCGCUCUAGCCGAGGAAGAUCUCGUGAAGCCCAACCCCUCCGACCUGAAGUGUGGAUGCUACUUGGGCGAUGCAUUCCGGUGUGCCAGCUGUCCAUACCUCGGCAUGCCUGCAUUCAAGCCUGGAGAAAAAAUUCUACUCAGUGGCAGACAACUUAAUGCAGAUGCCUGAUGAUAAAUGUUUCUUGAAUUGUAAUUGUGCUUUACCAAUUAAAGUUAUAUUAAGUAACUGGGAGUUAAAUAUCAGCUGGAUUGUACUUGCUAGUAUUGCACGCUAUCUCUUCACUAGUUUCUGGCUUUGCGACUGAAUGCCAGUCAAGAGAGCACAUGGUAACCAACAGUUAUGAAUAAUUGUUGUGUACACCCCUCAGUAGUCGAUGUCAUGUUUCACCCCUUUUAAAAUUAGACUCGUGUUAUGCAAGUUCUGUAGAAUUAUGCAGGCAUGAAAAUUUUCCGUGUUUCAACGGAUUUCCGCUUUUUCCCCCGAUCCCAGAAUUGUUUCCGCGUUUUCCGUUUUUUUCCGAGUUCACGUGCAGCAUUCGUAUUAUACCACGGGCAUAUGUACUGGCACACGGUUUAUCGAUCGUCUACUGCGGCUGGCAGCAAGCCACCUUAAGCCCGGCGCACACGUGAGUUAUUUUAC